AUGGCGGCGGUGGGGACGGCGGCAGGGCCAGCGGGCCCCGAGCCCAUGCCGAGCUACGCGCAGCUGGUACAGCAAGGCUGGGGCAGCGCUCUGGCGGCGGCGCGGGGCUGCGCGGACUGCGGCUGGGGACUGGCCCGCCGCGGCCUGGCUGAGCACGCGCACCUGGCGCCGCCCGAGCUGCUGCUGCUGGCGCUCGGCGCGCUAGGCUGGACCGCGCUGCGCUCGGCGGCCACCGCGCGCCUCUUUCGGCCCCUGGCCAAGCGGUACCGCCUCCAGCCUAGAGAUGCUGCCAAGAUGCCUGAGAGCGCCUGGAAGUUUCUCUUCUACCUGGGCUCCUGGAGCUACAGUACCUACCUGCUUUUUGGCACUGACUACCCCUUCUUUCAUGACCCACCAUCUGUCUUCUACGAUGUCCUCUUCCAUCAUGUGGAAUGGGUGGAGAUGCGGGAGGGCACCCAGCUGGAAAGGUACCACAAUGUGGGCAUCCUUGUGCUCUUCCUACACGAUAUCAAUGAUGUGCAGCUCGAGUUCACCAAACUUAAUAUCUACUUCAAGUCCCGUGGUGGCUCCUACCACGGGCUGCAUGCCCUGGCAGCAGACCUGGGCUGCCUCAGCUUCGGCUUCAGCUGGUUCUGGUUCCGCCUCUACUGGUUCCCGCUCAAGGUCCUGUAUGCCACGAGCCACUGCAGCCUGCGUUCUGUGCCUGACAUCCCCUUUUACUUCUUCUUCAACACACUCCUGCUGUCACUUACCCUCAUGAACCUCUACUGGUUCCUGUACAUUGUGGCGUUCGCUGCCAAGGUGCUGAUGGGCCAGGUGCGUGAGCUGAAAGACCUGCGGGAGUAUGAUGCAGCGGAAGCCCAGGACCCCAAGCCCAGCAAAGCUGAGAAGCCGCUGAGGAACGGCCUGGUGAAGGACAAGCGCUUCUGA